AUGGAACUUACCUUUCCACUACUACGACUACCCGAGAAUGUCAUCAUCAAAGUUCUCAAAAACCUGUGGUUGAGUCAAUUGUUCAAAUUCUCUCUGGUCUCAUCGGAAACUAAGAAUCUUGUGACAUCAUUGGGAUUAAAAGCAAGUGAUGUUGACAUCAUCAUUUCGCGCAGUAUUAGAGUAGCUGUGUACGUUGGGGAAAACCUAAAAAACCAUUUGACUCUGGAUUUCUAUAAGGAUUCAAAUGAUCAGAAUGCGGUCGCAGAUAUAUCUCUUUCAGUUGAUGCUCCUUUUGAUUAUGAAGGGACAAGAAUUCAAACAUCGAUUCUAUUCAACUUCAGCAAUUGGUUGAAACAUAUUCAGUCUUUGUUCUGUCUUAAUCAGCCACGAAAUGUUUUCUUUUAUCAAGGCUGUGAGCGAUUCCAACUUCAAUCGUUGAAAGAUGCAAUUGGAAAUGUCAACUUUCUAUCGUUGUUUAAUCAAAUCAACGUUCUGAGCAGGGAAGUUUUGAAACAUUUCAAUACUCCCAGCAGAUUGUUUCUAUGGAUGAAUCCAUUCGAAGAAGCGUGUCAGAUUCAACAAGUUUUCCUUCAAAACUUCGAAACCAUCGCAUUUCGUAACUUCUUUUCGUUGGAUGAUAUGCUACUGGCCAAUAGUGUAAGAGUCGAUCUCUGCCAUCCAAUAUCUCAGAAACAGUUCAACCAAUUCGUCAAACACUGGAUCCGUGGGUCAAAUCCAAGACUGCAAUGCAUGUCUCUAUCAAUCGAUAAAACUGAUUUUGCCAGUGGAGUAGUGUAUUUAAAAGGAAUCAGAUGCAUGGAAAUGAGUGAAGAUGCGAAAAAAGAAAUCCGUGAAAAACACAAACUGCCAGUUAAUGUUGAUAUGAUACAGAUUAGACGGAAUGAUGGGACACCUGCAGUGAUUGUGUCCAAAGAUCUAGAUGAUCGUAUUCAUAUUCAUCUAAUUGUUUUACACUGA